AUGUACACGUGCCCAAGUCCCCACAGGGAUAAACGUAGAUCCAGUCGACUGCAACCCUACACACCAGACGACAACCUAAAUAAUGCGUUAGGCGCUAUCAGAGUCCUCGGUCUGGAACUGAUUGCAGAUGAACUUAAACCACAUUUGAACACAGUGCUGACCAACAUUAAGGAGAGGAAGAAAGGCGCUGCUGAGCAGGUAGUGAUCAGUGGGAUUCUGCCCAUCCUGGCCCAGUCUCUGAGGAACACAGGGCCUCUCACUCUGCUGACCGCAAAACUGGUGGCUGAACUCGCCAAGGAAUCUGUGGUUUGUAAAGGUUUCGGUGAUGCAGGUUUGGCUACGGCUUUGCUGUCCGUGCUGACCAGUCCAGACCAAGAACUGCUGCUUCACGCUGCAAGAGCCAUCUCACGCAUGUCGUAUGACAGCUCUAAGCUGCAGGAUCUAUUACUCCGUCGAGGGGCUGUUCCUCGUCUUGUUGCCAUCCUGCUCCGCUUCCCUGAUAAGGAGGCCCUGGAGGAAGUGUGCCUGCAGGCGCUCUGCAACCUCAGUGGCAUGGGAGUGGCAGAGGAGGCUGGCAUGGUCUGGGAGAGGGGUGCAUCUGUGAGGCCGGGGGAGUCUGUUUUUCAUGGCGUUUCUCCGCACACCUGUGGUUUUGCCUCCUCUGUGACUCUAGUAUGUGUGUCUCAAUGGGCUCCGGGUCAAUACGCGGUCAACAUCGAGGUUUUCCAGCGCUGCUCCUCCUCUUUUUGGAGCCUUCAUGGGAACAAACGUACUGCUCGUUGGUUCCCGUUCUCCAGAUUGGGAAGCUGCUCAAAUCUGUACAAGGUGAUCAAGUUCUCUACGAGGAGUGUUCCCAGAACCAAAAGUCUGAAGACUCGCGUGUUCCACACUUUCCUCUGACA